AUGCCAAACUAUGUAAUUCAUACCAAAGCAUACCUAAAGAUAAUUCUUCACGCUUGUAAACAUCCUUUCGCUGGCGUAAAUGGAAUUCUUCUUGCCGAAGAUUCCGAAAUCGAUAAUGAGAUAAGAAUUGUUGACGCUGUUCCGUUAUUCCACCGUUGGGUCACGUUAACACCAAUGCUGGAAAUUGGAUUACAACAGGUGGAUGUAUACGCUAGUAAAAAUAAUCUCAAAAUUGCCGGUUAUUAUCAUGCUAAUGAACGAGUUGAUGAUAACAAGUUACCACUAUAUGGUCAAAAAAUUGUUUCAAAAAUACACGAUAAUUUUAACAAAGCUAUUGCGCUUGUGGUUCAGAACACAAAACUAUCACCCGAAAAUCCAGAGAUUGCAGUCGUGCCUUAUACUUUCAAAGAAAAUCAAUGGCGUCCGGACAACAAAGCAUUUUCAUCAAAAACCGAAUCAUCAACUGCUAAUUCAUUCUCAUUUGAGAACCCCAAUGCACCCGAUCUAAUAUCACAAUCAAUUCAGAAGAGACAUUUCGAACACUUAUAUGAUUUCGACGAACACAUGGAAAACAUAGAAUUAGAUUGGCUGGUUAAUCAAAAAGUGGAAAGUUUGGAAAUUGAAAAUGAUAAGAAACGGAAAUGA